AUGAGGCUCCUGAAACGAGGCAGGAUUCGACUGCUCCUGAAGCUCACCAUUGCACUGGGAUCACUAUCGAUCCUCUCCCUACUAACUCGCAGUAAUCCAGUCUGGAAUCCCAGCUCCGUUCUCAGGUAUAGCUGGUUGGAGCAUACAGACUCUGAUGACAGCCCAGAGAAAGUGUGCAACUGCUCAGCUAUCCUGAAGGGAGAGAGGGAGGCACUGGAGCAGGCCAAAUUACUGACCAGCAACCAAGACUUCCUCAAGAGUGUUCACAUCCCUGAUGAACAUUACAUGAAUGCAACCGAAGACUGCAGUGCAUUCAAAUUAAGAAGAAAAUACUUUACAUCUCCGUUGAGCCAGGAAGAAGAGGACUUCCCCCUGGCAUACUCUAUGGUUGUGCAUCACAAGGUGCAGAGCUUUGAGAGACUGCUGAGAGCCAUCUACGCACCUCAAAAUAUAUAUUGUGUCCAUGUGGACAAAAAGGCAAAAUCCUCAGUCUUAUUUGCCAUCUGGGCAAUUACUGCCUGCUUCCCGAACAUCUUCUUGGUCAGUCAGCCUGUUGAUGUGGUCUAUGCGGCCUGGCCACGUGUCCAGGCUGACCUUAACUGUAUGGCGGAUCUCUAUAACACCAGCACAAAAUGGAAAUACUUCAUUAACCUUUGUGGCCUUGAUUUCCCUCUGAAAACCAACCUGGAGAUUGUAAGGACACUGCGUUCACUGAGUGGCAGGAACAGCUUAGAGUCAGAAAAAAUGCCUGCAGGAAAAGUGUGGAGAGUGAGAAAUGCACACGAAAUAAUAGAUGGAGGAAUCCAGAGGACAGGAAAGGCAAAGGAGCCUCCUCCCUUCAACAUAACUAUAAUGUCUGGAAAUGCCUACAUUGUGGUUAGCCGGGGCUUCAUCCGCAGUGUGUUGGAGGACCGCCGAGUGCUGGCACUGAUGGAGUGGGGCAAAGACACUUACAGUCCUGAUGAAUUUCUCUGGGCAACCAUUCAGCGAAUGCUCGGAGUUCCUGGCUCAACUUGGCCCCACAGCAAAUAUGACAUGUCAGACGUCAUUGCCAUCGCUCGCCUGGUGAGGUGGCAGUGGCACGAGGGGUCGCGGGAUUCACCGGACUCGGUGUACCCUGAUUGUCAAGGCAGCCGCGUCAGGUCAAUAUGCGUAAAUGGUGCCGGGGACUUAAAGUGGAUGCUCAAGCAGCCUCAUCUCUUUGCCAACAAGUUUGACAUAGACACAGACCCCGUUGCUGUCUACUGUUUGGAGAAAUAUCUAAGAAAAAGGGCACUUUCUGAGUUGCAAUAG